AUGGCUCUCAAUCAGGGAGAAACUAUAUUGUCAAAUAAAAGUGAAAAUUGUCAUAAGCAUAAAGCUGUUAAAUACACAUACUUCUUUUUAAAUUUAUUAGGAAUUGGACCGUUAACAACUGAAUCAUUGACAAUCACAAAAAUAGUGUCCUUUAUAUGGUCAGUUACUAUUGUAGCCAUUGGUGUAUGGGAAAUGUCCUUCAGAUUCAUCUAUAUAUACUUUGACGUAACCGAUGUAGAUGACCAAAUGGAUUUACUCGCUCCAGUCGUGUUGCUUGCUGUAAUUAUACUAAAAUAUACGUCCAUAAUAUAUCGUCAUGACACCAUAAAAAAGUUCACUAAACAUAUAAUUGAUGAUUGGAGUAUGAUUGGAAAUCAGGAAGAAGAAGAUAUCAUGAAAAAAAACUUGAACAUGAGUAACAACAUAACUUUCGUAUUUGCAGUAAUGAUGUAUCUAUGUUGUGUGUUAUAUAAUUGCCUUAUGCCUCAUGUGAUACCUCUUCUAUUUAAUAGUAGUGAUCAAAAUUCUUCUGAACGAAUAGUUAUUUUUCCUGGCUACAAUAGUGUGUUUGACGUCGAUUCAUUUCCGAUUUAUCAAAUUACUUAUGUUUUCCAUCAAUUAACUGCGUUAUCCGGCUAUACAAUUCUUAUCACCUCUUGUAAUUUAAUAGUAGUUUUGGUUACUCAUGCUUGCAGCCAACUUCAAAUAAUUACGAAUCAAAUCGAUUCAUUGUUAAAUAAUUUUUCCAAAAAAGAAAAGUUCUCUUACACAAAAUUGUCAUUUACAAUCAGUCGUCAUGUUAGGGUGCUUGAAUUUUCGAAUAAACUUUUGAAAAAAAUGAUAUUUGAAUUGUGUCUAAUUGAAGUUGGUGCUUCUUCUAUUCUUCUUUGUAUAGAUGAAUUUUGCGUUUUACGGUUGCUAGAAAAAAAAGAAUUCGCAAAUAUGACGUCUUAUAUCAUGAUAUUUUUUUCUUUGAGUUUUAACAUACUUAUAAUAUGCUAUUUUAGCGAACUUCUCGAGGCUCAGUUUAUGAACGUAGGGGAAAAACUUAAUUCGGUUGAGUGGUAUAAAACUCCAGUAAAUACAAGACAGUAUUUUAAUUUGAUUAUAAUUAUGUCUCAACAACCUCAAAAAAUUAGCGCAGGUGGAAUCGUUGAUCUGUCUUUUGUGACUUAUCUUCAAAUAUUGAAAUCUGGAUUUGCUUACCUACAACUUUUAAGAGCAUCAAAUAUCUAA